AAAUGCUUUUUUAUUGUGCAUGAUUCCCUUAAGACAUCCAGGUGGGUAACCACAUAUGAACAUUGGUAGUAUAAAAUGUAAAUUUAGAUAUUUCUUCCAGCUAAAAUUAGAUAGAUUGGACACUCGAACAAAUUUCACUUUCGAACAGAAAUUCAUUAAAAAUGAUUGAUAAUAGAUAUUUCCUUGGACAAACUGAUGGGUUAUUCUUUGUUAUUUCUUGUAAUAUUCUUGAAGUUUGAUAUUGGAUUUGCUUUAUUUUCUGGCCGCAACCCAGUGCUCACAAGCAUAGAUUCUCUCUAUUUUGCAUAUCCAGAUCUCUCUCUCCUAGCUGGGAGCCUUGCGGAUUGAUCAAUGUGCUCUGCCUGCUGUGAUUCUUUGUGUUCAUAAAAAGAUUUCCUGCUUUUAUCCUCGUCUUUUACUUCUCCUUUUCACAGAUGCUUCGCCCUUUCUGAGUUUCUUGGCCAUUUGGUGCUAUGUGUAGCUGGUGUACACACCACACUACCAUAGUGAUUCAUAUUCUCCCACAUUUUAUUCCAUUAUCACAUCACCAAAUUUGGCUAUAAAUACACAUUUUUCAUUGUUGUUUUUCUACAUCACACCAUAUUACACUCCUGCCUCAUUGCAUAUACUCACAACUCCCUCUUAACAGCAGCUCUUUCAACUCUCAAUAUGAGCUACUCACAUUCAAAUAUCAGCUCUGGCAGUAGAUCAUCUGCAAGAAGGCCAUUAGAGUUUGGAAGGACACAUGUUGUGAGGCCCAAAGGAAAACACCAGGCCACUAUUGUUUGGCUGCAUGGCCUUGGUGAUAAUGGCUCUAGCUCUUCUCAGCUACUGGAAACUCUUCCUCUACCAAAUAUCAAAUGGAUUUGUCCAACUGCUCCGACUCGACCGGUAUCUCUACUCGGAGGCUUUCCUUGCACUGCAUGGUUUGAUGUGGGGGAGUUUUCAGAAGAAGGUCCAGAUGAUUGGGAAGGUCUUGACGCCUCCGCUGCCCAUAUUGCAAACUUGCUGUCUGCAGAGCCAUCUGAUGUCAAAGUUGGGAUUGGAGGCUUCAGUAUGGGAGCUGCAAUGGCACUUUACUCUGCAACUUGCUGUGCUCUUGGGAAAUACGGAAACGGAGCCCCGUACCCCAUCUACCUAAGGGCAAUCGUUGGACUUAGUGGCUGGCUUCCUGGAUCUAGGAGCUUAAGAAACAAAUUCGAGGCAUCACACGAGGCUACAAGGAGAGCAGCAUCAAUUCCUAUCUUACAGUUUCAUGGAACAGCUGACGAGGUAGUCCCUCACAAGUAUGGAGAAAAAUCAGCCCAAUCCUUAACCUCAGCUGGGUUUAGAACUCUUCUGUUCAAAAGCCAAGAAGGGCUCGGCCAUUACACGGUCCCAAAAGAGAUGAACGAAGUCUGCAGUUGGCUGAACUCAAGGCUGGGGCUUGAGGGUUACCGCUAAGACACAUUUCUUGAGCACUCCAUUUUCAACGGUAGUUGAGAAGAAAGAGGGUAGUAAAGUUUAUUAAGAGAUAAAAGAAAAAAGCUUAUGCUUUUGGUUUGAGUAGGCUUAUUAUGGUAGAAUGGGGCAUGGGGCUUUUGGUACAGAGAAAGAAACUUCCAUCAUUCCCUUUUUCUUUUUUUUAUCUUCUCUGUUCCCAAUAAAGUUUUGGAUUCCCAUGUAA